UUCUCAAUGGAUAUAGCUUUCUCACCUCUAACACUGCCCAAUGGCGCAACACUGCCUAAUCGUAUAGCUAAGGCUGCAAUGGAAGAGAACAUGGCAGAUGCAGAUCAAACUCCCUCUCAACAACUUCUUCAACUUUAUAAAGGCUGGUCUCAAGGAGGAGCUGGGCUAUUACUUUCAGGCAACGUUAUGGUUGAUUGCCACGCCAUGACCGGGCCUGGAGGUGUGGCAUUAGAAGACGACAAACAUCUUGCAAAAUUCGAGGAAUGGGCAAAGGUUGGCCAGACAGCUGGAAACCAUUUCUGGUUGCAAAUCAACCACCCAGGAAGACAAAUCCGUACAGAGCUCGGUCAGCCUGCUUUAGCACCCUCUGCUGUUCCUCUCGACCUUGGAAACCUCAGCAAGCUAUUUGCUCCUCCCCAAGAAAUGACUGAAGUCCAAAUUGAGGAUGUUAUCAAUCGAUUUGUUACUACCAGCAAGCUAGCAGAGCGAGCUGGUUUCAGUGGAGUACAAAUCCAUGCUGCACAUGGCUAUCUACUUUGUCAAUUCCUUUCACCGCUAAGCAAUUUGCGACAAGAUCAGUGGGGAGGUAGUUUGGAGAACCGGUCAAGAAUCCUCUUCGAAAUUGUCAAACGAGUUCGAGCUGCUGUAUCGCCCAAAUUUUGUGUGGCAGUAAAGCUGAACUCUGCAGAUUUUCAGAAGGGCGGUUUCGACCAAGAAGAUGCAUCUUGGGUGGUUUCUAAGCUGAACAACAUGCAGGUCGAUCUUAUUGAGCUCUCUGGAGGAAGCUACGAGUCUCCAGUCAUGCAAGGAGAACCUGCAAAAGGAUCGACACUGGCAAGAGAAGCAUACUUCCUAGAGUUUGCGGCCGACAUUGUCAAGGUAACUAAUAUACCGAUUAUGCUCACUGGUGGAAUUCGGCGACGUCAGGUUCUCGAGCAAGUUAUGAAUAGCGGCGUAGCGGUGGCAGGUAUAGCCACUGCACUGGCUUUACAACCAGACCUUCCGAAUGCCCUUAAGCGAGGAGAAGACCCCAAUCCUCAGCUAGCUGCUGUCAAGUGGUGGAAUAAGACAUUGGCUGCACUGGCACGCAUGAUGGUGAUCAAAUAUCAACUGAACCGACAGAGUCAAGGUUUGAAACCCAAGUUGUCUGUGUGGCCAUCUUGGGCACUCCUUCUCGGUUUAUGGUCUGGAAACAACCGAGCCAAAUUAUACAGAAAGCAGAUGGAAAUGAAAGAAUAAAUACGCGAUAAAUUAGAAGCUUCCGUCAUUCUGAUAUGUAGAUUCGAUAUGAAACAAAAUUUGUUACUAACUAUUUAACGUAUACAACUUGAUAGCGAAUGAAUGAAUAAAACAUGAUUUCCGGCCAUAACAAAAUUAGAGCAGU